AUGUCUGGUGUUGAUGUAGACAGUGAUUCGACGGGUAGUAUUCCUGAUAGUAUGUACACCGCCGGGUCUGGUGUUGAUGUAGACAGUGAUUCGACGGGUAGUAUUCCUGAUAGUAAGUACACCGCCGUGUCUGGUGUUGAUGUAGACAGUGAUUCGACGGGUAGUAUUCCUGAUAGUAUGUACACCGCCGUGUCUGGUGUUGAUGUAGACAGUGAUUCGACGGGUAGUAUUCCUGAUAGUAUGUACACCGCCGGGUCUGGUGUUGAUGUAGACAGUGAUUCGACGGGUAGUAUUCCUGAUAGUAUGUACACCGCCGGGUCUGGUGUUGAUGUGGGAAGUGAUUCGACGGGUAGUAUUCCUGAUAGUAUGUACACCGCCGGGUCUGGUGUUGAUGUAGACAGUGAUUCGACGUGUAGUAUUCCUGAUAGUAUGUACACCGCCAGGUCUGGUGUUGAUGUAGACAGUGAUUCGACGGGUAGUAUUCCUGAUAGUAUGUACACCGCCGUGUCUGGUGUUGAUGUAGACAGUGAUUCGACGGGUAGUAUUCCUGAUAGUAUGUAA